UAUAUAACUCUCUAUUUCUCUACUAGAACUUGCUAUUUUAACAAUUAGCAAUGGCUCGUUUUGCAUUAUUAAUGCUUUUGAUUGCUUUGGUUAUUAUGUUAGUUUGUGUUGUACCGGGUUUUGAAGCAAGAAUCCAAUUGAAUAACAAGGAUAAGAUGAAGAAGGACGAUCUUUUUCCUAUUCAAAAUGUCUUUCCUAAGUUCAAUAACCCGGCUUCUUCGGCCCCAAGCAAAAAAGGUCACACCACAUUAGGUAGUACCAAAACACAAUAUGUUGGUAGCAAUGUUGGUCGCAAUUUGGAGUCGGUCCCUAGUCCUGGAGUUGGCAAUUUUGAUCACAAUUUGAUGUCAGUUCCUAGUCCUGGAAUUGGAAAUUUUGAUCACAAUUUGGUGUCAGUCCCUAGUUUUGGAAUUGGCAAUGUUGAUCACAAUAUGCAAUCAGUCCCGAGUCCUGGAAUAGGCAAGUUUGGUCGCAAAUUGAAGUCAGUCCCGAGUCCUGGAAUUGGCCAUGAUGAUCGCAGUUUGAGGUCAGUCCCGAGUCCUGGAAUUGGCCAUGAUGAUCGCAGUUUGAGGUCAGUCCCGAGUCCUGGAAUUGGCCAUGAUGAUCGUAGUUUGAGGUCAGUCCCGAGUCCUGGAAUUGGCCAUGUUGAUCGCAGUUUGAAGCCAGUCUCAAAUCCUAAAAUUGAUCAUGUUAAUCGCAAUUUGAGGCCAGUCCCAAGUCUUAAAAUCAGUCAAUGAUCACUCCAUUCGUAAACGGGCAACUUCUGAUUUUGCAGUAGGGUGCAAUAUAUUAAGUACAAUAUUAUGUGACAGUUUGUUUAUGGACAUAUAUGCUUAUUAAUUAGUUAAUGCGACAUUUUCAUCAUGUAUUAAUUCUAGUCAGUAUUGUGCAUGAUAUAAAUAUUCCAAAGGUCUUUACCGAAUUAUAUACGGUAUUAGAAUUCAUAUAA